AUGUCAUCUUUCUUUGCGCCAGCCCCUCCUCCGACGCCGCCAUCCAAGAACUCGCUGCAAGACCGGCCCCCGCGUGGGGGCAGCCUCAGCUACCGCGCGCACCACCCCCGUCCUCCCGGCUCUCCUCCACCGACGCCUCGCGCACGAUCGACACCCACACCGCGUUCUCCCCAUUCAUGUCCACCGCAUCCCUCCACACCGCCCUCCUCCUACAAGCGCUCCAUGACCAUCUCCAAGGGCAACUCCGUCUUCUGCCUCGCUUGCGAGACCCGCAACGAGAAGCUCACGGCCGCCAGCCUUGACUGCAUCUCCAAGCUCAUCUCCUACUCCUUCUUCGUCGAGGCCAGGCCUCCCGAACACGCAUCCUCCCGUCCCCGCCCCUGUCCCCGGGUCCGGGCCCAGCCACUCUACCUCGAGCGCCUCCCAGAGCAACCUCCCCCCGCCCUCGCUCGUGGACCUCGUCGUGCAUACCACCACCACCUGCCACACCGAGUCCACCGCCGACUCGGUUAG